AUGGCGGAUCAGACAGAUGUAGACCUCGAUUCUAUCAUCGAUAGACUGUUGGAGGUCAGAGGCAGCCGACCCGGCAAGCAAGUUCAGCUUUUGGAAGCAGAAAUCCGUUAUCUGUGCACAAAGGCCCGCGAAAUCUUCAUCUCUCAACCCAUCCUCCUUGAGCUUGAAGCUCCUAUCAAGAUCUGCGGUGACAUUCACGGCCAGUACUAUGAUCUCCUCCGUUUGUUCGAGUACGGAGGCUUCCCUCCGGAGGCAAACUAUCUUUUCCUUGGAGACUAUGUCGACAGAGGAAAGCAAUCUCUUGAGACCAUCUGCUUGCUUCUUGCAUACAAGAUCAAGUACCCCGAAAACUUCUUCAUCCUCCGUGGCAAUCACGAGUGCGCCUCCAUCAACCGUAUUUACGGAUUCUACGACGAGUGCAAGAGGCGGUACAACAUCAAGCUAUGGAAGACAUUCACGGACUGCUUCAACUGCCUCCCUAUCGCAGCCAUCAUCGACGAGAAGAUCUUCACAAUGCACGGUGGUUUGAGCCCCGACCUGAACUCCAUGGAGCAGAUCCGUCGUGUCAUGCGCCCAACUGAUAUUCCUGACUGUGGUCUCCUCUGCGAUCUCCUCUGGUCCGAUCCAGACAAGGACAUCACCGGCUGGAGCGAGAACGACCGUGGUGUCUCCUUCACCUUCGGCCCCGAUGUUGUGUCCAGAUUCCUCCAAAAGCAUGACAUGGACUUGAUAUGCCGCGCUCAUCAGGUCGUUGAAGAUGGUUACGAGUUCUUUUCAAAGCGGCAAUUGGUUACCUUGUUCAGUGCACCAAAUUACUGUGGAGAGUUCGACAAUGCUGGAGCAAUGAUGAGCGUGGAUGAGAGCCUGUUAUGCUCAUUCCAGAUUUUGAAGCCAGCAGAGAAGAAACAAAAGUACGUGUACGGUGGCUUUGGUGCCAGCAGGCCCGUCACUCCUCCGAGGAAACCCAAGCAUUAG